GCUCCGCAGCUUUAAGCUCGCGCGGACUCUUUGAAAAAAAAAACACCGUACAAAAUGGAUAGUCCAAAAAAUAACAAUUUUAAGACCAGUGUUCAGUGACUUAUAUAAACUUAUCAAAACUAUUUAGUGUGAUAACUAAUUGUGUUAGCAAAAGUGAAAUCGAUACUGUGUAAUUAGAGCAAUUGCGUAUUUAAAAAGUACAGUUUGCAAAGGAUUUUUUGGACUUGUAAAAUAUUGGUGCGUUCAUUAAUUGAACUGGAGCGGAAGCCGCAGGAUAUUUCUGUUACUUUUUCUGGGGUGAUAACAGUGUUACAUCACCGCCGCCAAGCUGUCUACCGCAAAUGAGCUUAUACCGAGAUACCACAUCCAAGCGCUAAUAGGUCGUUGGCGCACGAGCCCGAUGAGCGCGUGCGCGGCGGCCGCCAUGCGCGAAAAGCACGCGGCGCCGCGCCGCCUAGCCUCCCCGCCAACAUCGCCAUCCCCGCUGGACCACGGCAGCCCACUUGGUUCGCCGCGUGCCGACGAACCGCUCGAUCUGCGUGUCACGCACAAACGUCCCCAGCGACUCGAAGAUGAAAACUGUAACCUUAUCGCCCCCUCACCCCCUCCACACCCAACACAUCCUGCUCAUCCAGCGCACCCAGCGCUGCUCCAGUUCUGUAGGCGAUUGCCGCUGGCACUGCCAGCUUCCUUUGGCCGCUACCCGUUCCUCCCAGCAGCGGCGGCGACGUUGCUCGCCCCUGGCGCGCCCCGCGCGCCCCCCGUACCUUCAAACCCCGGAGUUCCUCGAGCGAGAGACCGUUAUACCUGUUCUUACUGUGGGAAAGCGUUCCCACGAAGCGCGAACCUGACAAGACAUUUACGAACGCAUACUGGAGAGCAGCCCUAUCGCUGCAAAUACUGUGAACGUUCCUUUUCGAUAUCAUCGAAUCUUCAGAGACAUGUGAGAAACAUUCACAACAAGGAGAGACCUUUCCGGUGUCGUCAUUGUGAUCGCUGCUUCGGCCAGCAGACAAACCUGGACAGACAUUUAAAGAAACACGAAGCUGAAAACGGAGACGAUGGACGUCGGAGGUCUCCGGACGAGACCUACUUCGAGGAGAUUCGGUCGUUCAUGGGACGAGUAGCGCCAGCCGCGCGCCGGGCAGCUGCCGCCGCCGCAAGCGCCGCGGAUCACACCUGAUAGUAGACCCGACUACCGCAGUACAAUAAUCUGGUCGAUACAUUCAAACGACUCUUGUGUAAAUUAUACAAAACUUAUAUUGAGUUUGUGAACUGUUACUCGAUCGAACCGACAAUAGUACCUUUAUGCACCAGAACGAGUUCUGUUAUUUAGAACCUCUUAGAAAUAUUCAACUCUGACCCGUAAUAACAUAAAUAAAGCGGUGUAUUGAGAACUUGAUGCUGCGUUCAACAAUUUGCCGACGCCAACUCUCCGAAGGUUAGAAAAUUAUAGAGCCAAUCAUAAACACAACAAAAUCCGAAAUUCCAGAUGUUACAUUCCACGAAAAUUACAUAUUUUUUUGAUUUAGAGAUGUAUAUGGAUGGCUCAAUUUAAUACAUUUCAAAUGCAGCAAUUUCAUUGUUUGUCGUAUAGGUAUGUAGUUAAAAUGAAAGCUAUUGUAGAGCAAGUAUAAAUCUGACGACUUGUCGGCUUUAUAAAGUUAUGAAAGUAACAAAGACAAAGCAUCUCAUGUACCUAUUGUAAAUAGAAGCUAUCGUUCAAAGUACAUAUAGGAUUAGUUAGGUCUCAUACCGAAUUUCACUACCGAUAGAUAUACGAAACUAGAAUCUAUUAUUCCUUGUCCUAAAACAUAAAUAGGUAAUCUAUUUUUAAGUGUUCAGAGUGUUCGCUAUAUUAGAA